CACUGAUGUCGGAGGCUAUAACACUGACUCAGUACUACAUAUGCACGCAUGAAUACUGCAAGCAGUAUGGCAAGAUGAACCCUUACGAACCGCUCAGCAAUACCACUAAAUAACAUCCGAAUUAGAAUACCCACGCAUCUACUUAUUUAAUACAUUGUCUUCAACCGUAGCGAUGUCUGGACGUGCACGUGACAAUAGUACUUCAACAAAUGAUUUGAAUUCACUUUUGGAAGAUAACCGUCGGAAAGCAGAAGAUAUAGCAACCAGGACACUGGCGUUGAAGAAACAAAUCAAUUGUACAGACAGGGGCGGUGAGGAUUCAAGUGCAGAAUCAUUAGGCGAAGCACCGUCAUCACACGGCCAAUGCACAGCAGAGUGCCAGCAACUCAGAGAAAGAUUAAAGGUUGAGCAGCUUAUAGCGGAAGACAGUGAAGAUCUGAUCGAGAGAUUCCGGAUGACAACAGAUCUUAUAAUGAGGAAGCACCGAGAGCAGAGCCGCCGCCUAGAGGACACAUAUAAGCAAGAGCUGUUCGAGCUGCGGGCAAUGGUCGAUCACGAGCGAGAUAUCAGUUCAGUUCUUCGCUUGCGCAACACAGAAUUGCACGGGAAAAUAGAAGACAUGGUGGCAGCCAUGUAUACUGCGAUGCACAUCGACGAAACACGGGCCAGUGACGAAGACAGGCUUAUUCAGCAACUUCUCGCGGAGAAUCAAACACUACGAGUUCUGGCGGGCGUAAGCGAUAGUACAAGCAUACAUGCACCGAACUUCUCUCGCGACGGUCAAUAAAUACAUGCAACUUGGUUUACAAGUAUCCGAC